CUGCCCGGCGGUGCGGUACGCUUGCCUCAGCAGUAUUCGUCACCAUUCACCAAAGCCAAGCUCGAGGUCACCGCAGUGGGGCUACACCCUCCUACUCUUACCCCCCGGGUACGGCAUGUACAGCUGAGAGGUCACUACCAUGAGAUUUCGCUCCAAGAGCGAGCGAGAUCGUGAUCGCAGUAGCAUUGGCAGUAACUUGAGCAGUACAUUGAGCCUCUCCAGCACCUCCACGGCCGCAACGAGCAGCACACCACCACACUACCCUGCCUCACCGCCCAUCAUACCAUGCCGCUCCUCAUCGAAUGCCGACAAGCAGGCUCGCUUCCAAGCGACCAUCGCCCACCUCACCAAGAUGCUGACGGCACAGCCACACGCGGAGGAGCUAGCAGUCAAUUGGUAUGGGCGCAGUAGGCAAGCCAGCUCUACUGUUUCUACACUGCCGAUGGAGGACGGAUUCAGUCCGAAACCACGAGCGCGGACUAGCUCGGUCCCCAUGGACCACCCUCAGCAAACUGUCGGUCCACCCAUCUCUCCGCGAGGGAGCAGCGUGGAACACCAAAGCCAGGCUGCUACAGCACCGCAUUCUCCCCCUCCUCCAGGAGCGCCUUCGCCAGUACCGAUGACAAUGACGUUGCGAGACCUCAAGCGCCUGCUCGAUUCGGAGAGGAGGGUCAGCGGAGGAGCAGGGCCAGACGUGGAUGAGUCUGCGCCCUCGGCAUCGUCGUCAUCCAGCCAUACGGACCACGGUCCAACGACUACGGAGCCACCGAUGCAGAGGGGAAUCCCAAUGUGGAUCGUGGUGCGGACACUGAAGGCUUCGUGGCAUGCAGACGGCUCCUGGCCCAUCCUCGCAGCCGAUGAAGUCUAUCCGCCUCCGGCACCACCAAAGUCUCCUACAUCCAAGGACAAGGGCAAGGCUCGAGAAAAGCCGAGCAGACCGCACAAGGAAGUGCCUCGCUCGGUCCACAAUUCGGAUGUGAUCCUGCGACCGCCCGGUACGACUUCCUUCCAAGUGCCCUUGCCUCCGCCGGAUCUGAUGCUCCCGGGAGCGAAAAUGCCCAAGGCAGAUCCAGGUAUGGACGAGAUUGCCAGGAGGUACAGGACCAGAGGCGUAGCUGUCGAAGAGGCGGAGAAACGCCUCUCUGUCCUGGACGAGCUCUCCCAGGGAGCCGAUGAAGGAUCCGAAGAGGGCGCAGAACGGCGAUCUCGAACAUCUUCCCCCCACCCUCCAGAGACUGAACAUGGCACAAGCGGGCGGGAUGAGGGAGAGGAGAGUGCAGCGAGAGUCGUGGUGAUACCAGCCCCAUCACAAGAAGGCUCAGACGGGCAUAGAGCCGACGACGAAGGCGAGGGUGGAGGUGAAGGCGAGGGUAAUGGAGGCGGGCUGGCCAACAGCAGGAGAACAGAUCAGGACACUGCGUCUACUCAAGUAAUGGUGUUGCCCGGAUCUUUCGGGCCCGACUCACAGAGGCACGAAGAGAUGGAGGACGGAGAGGCAGAGGCAGACACCACUAUCGGUGCAGAUCCGCAGGCACGCACAGCUGCAGAGCUUGGUGAGAGGGCAGAACCUCAGCCAGCCAUCUAUCAAGCAGAGCCACAGCAAUUCAUGGCAAGCCAGACGGCUCGGCAGCCGCCCGCACGACCGGCCCCGCUGCCUCCUGUCGCAGACAAGGCUCCUGCAGCACCCCCAUCACGACCUCCUCCCCUACCCCCGCACCCGCGCCCGGUCGGGGAGGUGGUAGAGGCGCACAUGAUGUACGAGCCACUUACGGGUACGGGUACGGGUACGGAGCCGGAGCCGCCCACGUACUUUGCAGAAGGGGCAGAGACGAAGGGUGCGGUACAAAGUAGUGCGCCAGAGCUGCCGGAGAGGCCACAGGCGCCGGUUGCUAGCUUGCCGAUGGAAUCGCUCUUGCAGCGGUGAGGAGAUGGAGAGGAGAACGAGGGAAGGGAAUAGCGGUUGGAGCAGGAAGAGAGAGAGAGGGGGGUCAAUGGGAGCACGCAACAAUAGCAACAGUAGCAGGGUCUCUAACCGUCACACACACACACACACACACAGACACGCAAUCGUCAUCAUAGCACUUCUCUUCUGCUCCAUCUCUCCCUCAUGUUGAUCUCAACUCUCUUUACGUUGGCCAAUUGCAC